AGCUCACUUUUUAACGACCAUAUCCAAAACAUCAUUUCGCAAUCCCAGAAUUGGGUUAAUUCUUGUGUGCUUCAAGAAAUCGCACAUGCACAAUCUUGACUUAGCUAGGUUUGGGCUCGAGAGUAAAUAAUGAUGGUGUAGCUUUUCGCGGGUCCAGCAUGAAUCGAGUUAAUCCAAGCAAUCCUGAUGCUGGAGGGUCCUCGUCCUCGUCCUCGUCCUCGUCCAUAAUAUCUAUGUCAGUGAUGCCCCAGCGAAGGCCCGAACAGGAGGGCGACGAGGCUGAGGAUGCCAGUGCCUUGGAGCAAUUGUCCAUCCGGGCUUACGACCAAGAUCAACUGGAGGCCGAAGUGUUCCGCCAAGCCGAUCAAGCCCUCGAGCAACAAGAGCGCCAACGGCAGACCGAGAUUUGCCUGAAAGAGCUCAGACCCGUGAUCCUUGAGCUCCAAAGCUUAAGGCAAUCGCUCGGGAAGUUGGAGCUCGAGCUCAAGCGCUUAUAUGGUUCCAAUGCCACGUGGAACAGAGCUCAGCAGAGAAAGGCUCAAUCCUGUCUGGACGAGCAGGAGAAAUUGAUUGUCCUCCGGAACACCCUCCGGAACAAACAGAAGCAACUUGCUCAGGAUUUGACACACUUGAAGUACGAUUGGGCUUUGGAUUCAGAUUUUCAAUUAGUCCAGGAUGAUGAUGGGAACAAUCACGAGGACGAUGUCUCGGCGGACGGAUCCAGGCUGGCCGCAAACGAAACUCAACCCGAGAGUAUUUUUGCCCCCGAGAAUCAAGCGGAAACGGACCAAGAGAAAAAGAUUCGAUUGGGCGAGAUGACGGCCUUUGGUAACGUUCUUCAGACCAAGACCGACUCAAAUGAGUUGUCACAUUACAACACGUAUGUGGCGGAUCAGCGGCGGUUGAAUGCCCAAAUCGCUGUGGAUUCCGUCUCCAAGUCGUCCAAGGCUGUCUCCGUGGGGCGGAAAGGCCAAGACCGAUCUCGCAUUCGAUCCAGAACUGUGUCAUCCGACGAAGAUGAAAGUGAGGCCCCGCCGGCGUACGGCACGGAUGACUCCGAUUGGGCGGGUACGGAUGAUGAAGCCGAUGAUGAUCGUAAGAAACGGAAAAGAGGCCUGGUCGACGACGGAGAACGAGCAGACUAUUUAAAGCGACUCGACAAAUGGCAAUCGUCGCAUGAAGCGGACGAAUUGAAUGCCAAGUCCGAGGAGCUAGAGGGCGGACUCCACGUACCCAGUCGUAUCUGGGAUCAGUUAUAUAACUAUCAACGGGUUUGUGUUCAGUGGUUGUGGGAGCUUCAUCAGCAGAAGGUGGGAGGCAUCUUGGGCGAUGAGAUGGGUUUGGGCAAAACCAUUCAAAUCAUCGCGUUUCUUGCUAGCCUCAGCUUCAGUCAACGACGAAUAGGCAGUGGUAAUAGCUUUGGCCCCAUCCUCAUUGUAUGUCCGACAACAGUCAUGCAUCAAUGGGUAAAAGAGUUCCACAAGUGGUGGCCAAUGUUUCGGGUGGCCGUCCUUCACGAAUCCGGAUCGCACACGGGAUCUCGUCAAAGUCUUAUUCGCUCGGUGGUCGCAUCAAAAGGAGUACUCAUUACUAGUUUCAAUGGUGUUGUGGCUUUCAAUGACGCCCUCGUUCAAGGUAACUUUGACUACGUCAUCUUGGACGAGGGGCACAAGAUUCGAAAUCCAGAUGCCAAGAUAACCCUCACUGUCAAAACAUUUCCUACCUCUCACCGAAUCAUCUUGUCGGGCUCUCCUCUACAGAACAAUUUGAAAGAGCUUUGGUCUCUUUUUGACUUCAUCUACCCCGGAAAACUUGGAACUCUGCCCGUGUUCAUGCAACAAUUUUCCGUUCCGAUCACUCAAGGAGGUUAUUCGAAUGCUAGCCGCGUUCAAGUGGCCACUGCCUACAAAUGUGCCACUGUUUUGAGAGAUACCAUCAAUCCGUAUCUUUUGCGCCGAAUGAAAUCGGAUGUUAAGCAGCACAUCAAUUUGCCUGAAAAGAAUGAACAGGUGCUCUUCUGUAAAAUGACAGACCAGCAAAGAGACAUUUACCGAGAGUAUCUAGAUUCGGGUGAAAUCAAAAGCAUUCUCGACGGGCGUCUUCAAAUCUUCGUGGGACUGAUAAACCUCAGAAAGAUCUGUAAUCAUCCCGACCUCUACGAUGGGGGUCCAAGAAAUUUCGGUCCCAACCAAAUCGUUACGGGUGAAGACGAUGAAGAAUUUGGAUACUGGAAGAGAUCAGGAAAAAUGAUCGUGAUAGAAGCCCUCUUGAAACUGUGGAAGAAGCAAGGUCAUCGCGUACUACUUUUCAGUCAAUCCCGUCAGAUGUUAAAUAUCCUAGAGCGAUUUGUUCGCGAUCGAGAUUACCAAUAUAUGAAGUUGGACGGGACGACAGCAAUUGGAUCCAGGCAAACCAUGAUCGACAAGUUCAACAAUUCCAAAGACGUGUUCGUUUUUCUCCUCACUACGAAGGUUGGUGGGUUGGGGGUGAACCUCACCGGGGCCAGCCGAGUUGUAAUCUUCGAUCCGGAUUGGAACCCUUCCACUGACACCCAAGCACGAGAACGAGCUUGGCGUAUCGGUCAAGAGAAGCAAGUGACCAUCUACAGGCUCAUGACUGCGGGCACUAUCGAGGAAAAAAUCUACCAUCGCCAGAUUUUUAAGCAGUUUUUGGUCAAUCGUGUUCUUAAAGAUCCCAAACAAAAACGUUUUUUUAAGUCGAACGAUCUAUACGAGUUGUUCACAUUGAACGAGGGAACCUCGGACAAAACUGAGACCAGCGCCAUUUUUGCCGGCACAGGCUCAGACGUCAAAAUAAAGAAAAGCGACCGCAAAUCGAGGAAGACCCAGUCAAGUGAAGGCAGAAGCCCUUCGAUGCCUUUGGCAUUACCUAUUAAACGUGUAGAUUCCUUAAAGCAAUUUGAUGUGAAAUCCUCCUUGAAACGCAUCUAUGAUAACGCAGAGGAUGCCAGCAAUAUUGAAAACGAUGACGAGGAGAAGAAAAGGUUAUUGGAAAGGGUUCGAAAAAUCAGUCGAAAAAUUGCCUCAGAGGAUUUUUCACUAUCCUCGUCCUCAACGACAUCUCCAAAACCAAAUCAAAUUAAUAGCUCCUCUUCAUCCUCGAGGACUCGCAAAUCUCAAAAAAGUCGACGUCCAGAGAAAGAAUCCAAGAAAAGGCGAAUUGAUGGCGAGAAAAUUUCCCAUUUGGUCAAAUCCGGUACCUAUCAAGCACCCAAAGAUGAUCCAGAAGAAGUAGAAAAGAACUCAGCCGAACAAGACAACUAUGUGCUUUCCAAACUUUUCAAGAAAUCGGGAGUACACUCAGCUGUCCAACAUGAUGCCAUCAUCGAUGGAGAGGGCGAUGAUUACGUUCUGAUAGAAGGCGAGGCCGAAAAAGUCGCCAAAGAAGCAGUUGAAAGUCUCAGACUCUCCAGAAGGCAAUGUUUCCGAGCUGAAGCCGGAGUGCCUACAUGGACUGGCUCUCACGGAUCUGUAGCCACAAAACCCCGAUUCGGCAAGAAGUCCAGGAACUCCAACCCCUCCAGCUCAACCGCCCUCAAGUCCAACAAACUCUUUUCGGGAGAAGGAACCAAGAUACCGGAAGUCCAAAACCUUUUGACGUCUGCAGAUCUGCUGGCGAAAAUGAAGGAGCGAAACCGGUUCCUUCCCUCCGAUCAUGACAAUGACUCCAAUCAGGACAAUUUGUUUCAGCCAGAUCAUGGACGUCGGAAUUCUCCCAAAAACGAAGAGCAGGAGAAGCAGCUUGAGCUUCUGGCCGAUAUACGUAACUUUAUUGCAUUUCAAGCUAAAAUUGACGGCCAAGCACAGACUUACGAACUCUUGGAACGGUUCAAGACUCGACUCCCUCCUCAACAGAGCCCUUUGUUUAAGGCUUUGUUAAAACAGAUUUGUCAUUUCUCCCGGGAUAGCGAUGGUCGCGGUAUAUGGUCGCUAAAGACUGAAUUUGCUUAAAUAAUAUUGCCCAUUGUUCACCAAAUACCUAAAUACAUGCUUCUUUUAGUGUGAA